AUGGGCGGGUGCUUUGGGAAGGGGCUGACGAAAACGGAGAUGGCCAUCGUGGAGGCCCGAGCGCUGCAGAAGCACGACCAUGAUGUCAACGAGGUCAACCUGCUCCUUGACGAUCCCUUUCCCUUUCAUGUGUGGGAAGAAAUCACAUCGCUCCUCCGCCUCCCUCACAACCGCCAACAAAUCGAGCUCCUCCAGGUGCGGCCGGACGAGUAUUGGGACGCGCCCACGUCCGGGCGUGCGGCGUUGGGCGACCAGCGCAUCGAGACGCUCGCGGCCGCGCUGGCCAAUAGCUCGACUGAGGAGCGGGCCUGGCGCGACGCGGCCCAGAUCGCGAUGGGCGAUGGCGGGAGCGAUGGAAGCGAGCAGAGCCAGGAAGCGCCUUCGCCGCCGGCGCUCAAGUCGCUCUACCUGGACUUCAACAACAUCGGACCCGACGGCGCCAAGCACCUCGCCCGGAUGAUCCACCUUAUGGACCACCGGCAGGCGUGCGCGCUGGCCACGCUGAGCCUCAACAACAACCGCAUCGGGGACGAGGGCGCCAUCGCGCUCGCCCGGGCCAUCAGGGGCAACCACAGCCUGCAGCGAAUUUUCCUGCGAGACAACGCCAUCGGCCCCGCAGGGAGCCAGGCGUUGGCGGAUGCGGUGGCGGCGAAUGGUACCUUGCUCGAGGUGGACAUGGCGGGCAACCAGGGCGAGGCCGCCAUCCAAUCGAUCGCAGAUGCGUUGGCGCGAAACAAGCGACAGUGA